GCCACAUUGCGCGGCGGUUGAGCCAUGUGCGCCACGUGACGCAGGCCACGAAGGGCCGGCUCUACUUUCAGAGCGACAAGGUCCCGCGAAGUUUGGUGCGGACGGGGCUGGUGGGCACCAACCGCGACCUGCUGGGCUCGGACGGGGAGUUCUUCGGCACAGAUCCUGUGGGCCUGGAGGUGGACAUCGCAAGUGGCCGAGGGCAAGACCAUACCUUGGACGAGAACGGUUUUUGCUUGCUCCCGCAUGCGUGGGGUCACAUUGACUAUUACGACAACGAGUCGGUGAUCACCAGGUACUACCCGGAGUGCGAGGCCUUGCUGAGGAGAGUCACCGGCGCGUCGCGGGCCGUUGCCUUUGAUCACAACCUCCGUGCAAAGCAGCGGAAGGAGGCUGGCGAUCGCCUGCGGGGCGGCAGCGCCGUGCAGCAGCCUUUGGUGACGUACGGCGUGCAUAACGACUACACCGUCACCUCCUCGGAGCAGCGAAUCCGCCAGUUGGCGCAGUCGCCCAACCAGAACGACACUCGCCGGUCCAGCUUAGUGGACCCGGCGGAAGUGGAGGAAUUACUGAAGAAGAGAUGGAUCUUUGUGAAUGUCUGGAGAAAUAUCUCAGAAGAGCCAGUGCAGAGAAAUCCACUGGCUGCGUGCGAUGCAGCCACCUGUGCACUGGACGAUUUGAUUGUCUUUGAGAUCAGAUAUGCGGAUCGCAUAGGCGAGAAUUACUUCGCCCGGUACUCCGAGCAGCAGCGGUGGUUCUAUUUUCCAAGGAUGGAGAAGGACGAGGUGAUGCUCUUGAAGUGCUGGGACUCCCGAGGCGCUGGCUUCCACAACGGGCCAGCGCCCGCCACUUUUUCCUUGCACGGCUCUUUCGAAGACUUGGCACCGCCACCAGAUGCCCCAGAUCGGGAGAGCAUCGAGGUACGGCUUGUGGCGUUUUUUGAAUAGGACAGAGGCUGCGCGAA